CACAGGCAACGUUUGUGAUGUGUAAGUAGCCCGAUAGUCGCUCAUGAACACGGAAAGUCUUCUCAAAAUGUCUGACUUCGUUCGGCUCACAGUAGGCUGUGAUACAAACUUUAUAACUGAAUGAUGAGCAUUUCACUCCGAAUAAUCCAGCCCUCCCUACUUAUAACAUUCUGUUCUCCUACCACACUCUUCUCAAGCAAUUUGAACUCCUCUACAUAACUUAUAUCCUUUCCUCAUUCUCACGACUCAGCUCAUCUAACAGCUUCUGUACUUCAACGAUCCACAGUCCGCUACAUGCCCUUUAACAUCGAUCCCGAAACCCUGUUUCGAGUCGAACAAAGUGGCCAGCCGGUUGUUGUAUACGAGUGCAAAUUGCAGGGGGCACCCUGUGGUACAACUGUGGAAGGAACGACCACUGCAAUUUCUGCUCACAUCCGGCAGCACGGUAUCACCGGUCAAGACAGCGCCAAUAAACGACGCUGCUCAUGGGGCGGCUGUUCCAAGAUGCUCAAGAAGGGGAACAUGGCCAGACAUAUCCUCGCUCAUCUCGGAGUAAAAGUGUGCUGCUCCGCGUGCGGAGUCGUGAAGUCGCGGCGUUAUAUCCUCCGUGCACAUAUCAGAUCUUCAGAAUUAUGCCAAUUGGCAUCCGCUGAGAUCGUUCACGGACCUGAGGGGCAUCUUAUUGUUCCCGCGAAUUGGACUGCUGCUAUGAACGUUAAUGAUUCCAGCAUGUGCUCGCUAUCCAUGAUGUGAUGGUCAGUAACGUUCCGCCACACUCGUUAUUGUAAUUCAUAUCGGAAAUAUGGGCUCUUGAGAAACGGAGAAAAUUUACGCUUACGAAUUUAUGUUUAUAGUAGGAUUGCCAAGGAGGUGACGGGAGAUUUGGAAUGAAGGGCAGACGCACGGUUAUCUUCU